AUGACCAAUGUUUUGACUCCAUUCAAAGAUAAUGGUCAUUUAACGCCACAGCAAGUAAGAUAUAAUGUACGGCACGCAUCUUUGCGUAGUAGUAUAGAACGAGCGUUCGGAAUAUUAAAAGCUAAAUUCCGCCGGUUGAACUAUUUAGAUGUUCAGUCUCUCCAGACUGCAAACCUUAUAGUAGCAGCAGCAUGUACCCUUCAUAAUUUUACAUUAGCCCGUGAAGAAAGA